AUGUCCCCGGCCAACGUGACCUACUGGUUCCAGGGCCCGACCACUCUCAGGUUCCUCAACACGUCCUGGAUCUUGGACGACGAGGAUGACUUCUACGACUACGACGACUACCAGAGCCUGCCCGAGAUCAACAUCACAAGGGCCGAGGGCGCCACCAACGCCCUGGUGGAGGCGGCGCUCAAGACGGUGGUGCUGGCGAGCAUCGUGGUGCUCACCAUCGGCGGCAACAUGCUGGUGCUGCUGGCCGUCUACAUGUCGCGCAACCUGCGCUCCUCCACGCACUACCUGAUCGUGAACCUGGCGGUGGCCGACCUCCUGCUGGGCACGACCGUCCUGCCCUUCAGCGCCACCCUCGAGGUCUCCGGCAAGUGGUACUUCGGGCAGGUGUUCUGCGAGGUGUGGGCGACGGCCGACGUGCUCUGCUGCACCGCCUCCAUCUGGUCGCUGUGCGUCAUCUCGCUCGACCGCUACAUCGGCGUCACGCGGCCCAUGGCCUACCCGACCAUCAUGACGGAGCGCCGCAUGUGCGUGCUCAUCGCCGCCGUGUGGGCGCUGUCCAUCGUGAUCUCCAUCGGCCCCGCCUUCGGCUGGAAGACGCCCCCGGACCCCGACCCCACCGUGUGCACCGUCAACCAGGAGCUGGGCUACGUGCUCUUCUCCGUCACGGGCUCCUUCUACCUGCCCUCCGUCUGCAUCAUCGUGGUGUACUGGCGCAUCUACCGCGCCGCCAUCCAGCAGUCCAAGUUCCUGGAGAGCGGCAUCAAGACCACCAAGACGUCCGUCACGCUCAGGGUGCACAAGGGCGGCGCCGGCCGCUCCGACGGCAAGCUCACGCUGCGGGCGCAUCGCGGGGGCAUGGGCGUGGGCAUCGCCAUGGCCAAGUUCCGCAGGCAGAAGAAGGCCGCCAAGACCCUGGGGAUCGUGGUGGGCGUGUUCCUCCUGUGCUGGUUCCCCUUCUUCUUCAUCCUUCCGCUCGACAUAUCCAUAAAAGAAAAAUCCCAGAGCGAGACCCAGAAAAGAUAA